AUGCAUAGUCACAAGUUGAUUACGCUUGUGGUCCUUUUGGCAUCGCUUGUCUCCGCAGUAGACAUUGGUACUGCCUUUGUUCGAGAUUUUGUCAAGUACUUAACCCCAGGGUUUCUUGAGACCGAGUUUAUUGCCAGCAAUGAAUUUGUUUCUCUCGAAGGAGAAGGUAUUUUGACUCGCCGGAAGGUUAUAGGGGAAUCUCCUGAAAUGACAAUUGACUCGGAACUUGUCUGGGCAGUUGAUUUACGUCAAUUUCAGCUGCUGGACUUACUGCUGCUCAAAUUUCAUGUCGCCACCAAUGAAGUUUUUGUCUACGGACCAUCUCUUUCCUUGGCUGUCAUUGGUUUGGAUGAUGGAUCAUUGAUUUCAAAUGAUAAAUCAAUUGGUAAAAUCAAUUGGGUAGGGAGUGCUCCCGGAGGAAAUGUUUAUGCUGCCACUGAUGAUGGUAACCUUUUAGUUGUUAAUGAUGAUGGAACUGUUAGAUCUAUUGAUCUCAACCACUAUGAAAAGUUGGACCCCUCAAGUUCUCCUAGAUUUCUCACCGUGAAUGCAAUUGACUACAUUGUGUUGGAUUCCGGCCAUAUAUUUAAGAUUACUGAUUCUGUAUUACCAGUUGGCCAUGUUCCUGGAGUGAUUAAUGUUGGCAAAUCGGCAAUUGUUGCAGGGAACAAUCAUGUAUUUAGAAUUUCUACCGACGGGACGCUUACGGAAAUCAGUCAUCAGUUCCUUAAUCCUACAAUUGUGACUACUAAUGAUAUCGUUGAUAUCGAUGGUUCCAAGCUUUUGUUUUAUAAGAUUAAUGAUGAUAAUACUGCUGAUGUCGUAUACACCAAAGAAGAAAUAGCACCUAUUUCAGGUGUUCAUGCUAUCUCUAAUGAUGUUAAUGAAAUCUUGGUUGUUGACUUGAGUCCCUCAAACCUGAAGAUUUUAGUUUUAACAGAUUACUUGGCUAAUGCUCUGUCCGACACAAUUAAAGAGUUCAAUAUAGGUUCAUCUCAGAAAUUUGAAAAGAGUAUUAUUCUUUCCUCUGAAAAUACGGUGUUAACUUCAUCUAUCGAGGACUCCAAUUUGUUUUUGGAAACCAUCAACUGGUCAACUGGUCGACAAGAGCUUCGUGCUAUUUUCAAGGUUACUGUUGAUCCAAAGAGUAUAUUAAUAGUUGACAAGCCUAAUGUGGCCACUGAAUCACUUGAGCUGGCAUUACUUGCCACAGAGAGUAGCUCCAUUUUUGUCAAUUGGCUUGCAAGAACUAAAAGGCAUUUAUCUGCCAUUGGUAAAUUGGCUACAUCUGUAAUUGUUGAUCAUAGAUUGCCAACUAAUGACGAUUCUGGACUUUUUCCUGAAAUUGAUUUUGGUUUUGAUAAACUUGUGUUAUUCUUUGAUCUGAACUCAUGCCGAGUCGUUGCCAUGAACACUAAGGAUGGUUCCAAAGAAUGGACUACAGAAAAAUUUUGCACAGCAUCUGACUCCCAAUUACUUGGUAUGUUCAUUGCUAACGACGAUGUGGUGGUUACAUUGGAACAACAUGUACAUAGAUUCAAUCUCCAUGAUGGACUGAGAUUUGGACCUGCUCGAUUCACCCAGUACGGUUAUACCGAUGCCAUUAAAUUGAAAGCAAUUGAGGCUGGUAGAGAUACUUGGGUUUUAAGAAAUGGUAAGGAAUUCACAAGAUAUGGUCCCUUUGAUUUUGCUGGUGAUCAAAUAGUUAUUACCAAUGAAGACAAUGUUAAAUUGCAAGCCUACAUUUCAACUAAAGGUAAGUUUAUUCCAACAUGGUCGUUUGGUUCAAGCAAUGAGAAAAUCAUCAAGCACAUUGGGAAACCCGAAGAAUCAACUACUUCUUCAAUAGGUGUUGUGUUACAUGAUAAAUCUGUCUUGUACAAGUAUUUAUAUCCUAACACUGUUUCAGUGAUUACCUCUAAUGAAGAAGGUAUAAUCACGUUCUAUUUAUUGGAUGGUGUCAAGGGUGAGAUAUUGUACACCUUCAAGCAUGAUCCCAAAGAAGUUCUUGAUGUUGAUUCAAUUGAAGUUCUUAUGGAUGAUAACUGGAUUAUCUAUACUUAUUUUGUGUUUGAGCCUCGAUUCGAACAAAGAAUAACUGUUUUAGAUCUUUUUGAUAAUUACAAAAACUUGGGAGGAGCUGCCGUGGAACAAGUCUCUGCAUUUGAUAGAGAUCUUAAAAUCACCAAUGUUUCUCAGCAAGCGUAUACUUACCCUGAUAGAAUUAUUAAAUUGAAAUCUACUGUCACCAAACAUGGAAUUACAUUGAAAUCGGUGAUUGCUCUUACUGAAAAUGGAGCAUUGGUUGAAUUUCCGAAAUGGGUUUUGAAUAGUAGAAGAGUUGUGGGAAGACAAUUAACUAAGGAAGACAUGAUGAGUGAUUUCAGACCACUUCAAUAUGAACCCGUUGUUCCUAGAAACACCAAACAAAUUCUCAAUCAUAAGUUUAAGGUAUUUGUUGAUAAAAAUGGUACUAUAUUGACGAAGGAUACUAAUUUGGAAUCUACAAGUGUUGUUUGCUAUAUCAAUAGCUACAACAUGUUUUGCACCAUUGCUCAACCCUCACGUUCAUGGGAUGUUUUAGGUUCAAGCUUUGAUAAGAACAAGUUAGCCAUAACCAUUCUUGUGUUAAUUAUGGCCUAUAUUACUUCGACACUAUUGGUUACCAAAAAAUCACUACAUGAUUCAUGGCAUGACUCUUCAUGA